CCAUGUCCAACAAAGCGAUCCAUGGAAACGGAGCCUCUUCGUUCUCAAUUUUUGGAACAGAUGAUGUUCGAAGAAGAAAGGCAGAGCUGCGUUCCAAGAUCUUCGAUGGAGACUCAGGUUAUCGAUCUCUGAGGCUCUGCCUAGCUAGUUCACCAGAGAACCUCCAGAAAUUCAAGAUCGAAGACCAAUUAUCGAUACCAUUACGGGGGAAGUAAUCAGGUAUAUCAUUCGAGAGCGUAUGUUCAAUCCUUUUAUUUCGAUGUUUCGUCGUUGCAGACUGUCGAUUCUCCCACCCCUUUUUCCUUCUCUCCGUCCUCCCUUCUCCUCUCCUUCGUCUAUGGCUGCUAGAUACUUCUCCAAGGACCCGGAGUUUGACAACUCGUCGCUGACUCAGAGCACUACUGGGUCGUCCAAGGCUACUUUCCCAGAAGGCUGCGACUACGAGCAUUGGUUCGUUCUUAUGGAACCUCCCAAGGGAUACCCACUUCGAGACGAAAUCAUCGAUGUAUACAUCCAAACGCUCGCCAUGGCCUUGGGGAGCAGUGUGGAGGCAGCCAAGGAAUCUAUUUAUUCAGUUUCUACAAAGUACUACUAUGCCUUUGGGUGCAGAGUACCUGAGAAGCUAACUUGCAAGAUCAGAUCCCUACCAAAUGUGAGAUGGGUUCUACCUGAUUCUUACCUAAACGCCAAUGAGAAUGAUUAUGGAGGAGAACCAUUUGUUGAUGGAAAGGCCGUCCCGUAUGAAGAAAAGUACCAUGCAGUCUGGCUUUGGGACCAAAAUGAAGUCAGACAUAAAAACCAAAAGCACUUCAGCAAUGGUAGAAAGAAAGGAAAAUAAAAAGGAUGACUGUUAGACAUGAAAAGAUUCAGGUCCUUUAGAAUUGGACAAAUAAGAAUUUCAAAGAGUUGACCAAAUGACCAAUUAUGGCACUUGCAGAGAUAAGGAACUGUCAAGAUAAGGACAGGACGAUGAGCAAAAGCCACCCUCCCUGGCCCUGCCCGUCUUGCAUAAGCCACACAUCCAGGAUUGUUGUUUAACAGGUUAAGUUCCAUCCAUUGUGCUCAGUUGAUGGUCUAAGAUUUGCACUUAAUACUUGCAGCUUUGUAUCCUGAAUUUUCAUAAUCGUCUUGCUCCAUCACAGUCUGGACUGAUAUUUCCACAUUAUGAAUAGCACCGCCAGAGACUGCAUGUUCAUCAUGUGUUCUGUUCACCGGAGGCAGGGAUAGCAUCCUCUCCUUUGCUCAUCAAACAGAUUAGGUUUAUGGUGUGGAUACAUACCGGUUACCUCAAUAGAUUAGUUGACUGCCAGUUCUGAAGCAGAGUCAUCAGAACAGGAUGCAGCUGUGGGGGAUGAAUUAUUUUGUUAAAAUGAGCAAAAUUUCUGGAAAUAUACCAAGCUAGGAAUUUCUUGGGCCCUGUUUGAUUAGUAGAGAAGUGAAGGGGAAGGAAUUGAAAUAAAAAUUUCACUGGAAGUGAUGUGAACUGCAGUGAAAUGAAAAGGAAAAAAAAAGAGAGAACUUUCCAAUGCGAUGUUUGUUUGGAAGUAAAGUGAAAAAAAUGGAUUUUAUCUGACUUUACUCACUUCACUUCUAACCGAUUGGAUCUUUUGUGA